AUGUCCGGACGUGGAAAAGGAGGCAAGGGACUCGGCAAAGGAGGUGCCAAGCGCCAUCGCAAACAUCCAAGCAAGCCAGCUAUCCGUCGUCUCGCUUGUCGUUGUGGAGUGAAGCGUAUCCCUGGUCCUACCCACGAAGAAGCUCGUGGAGUUCUGAAGUUGUUACUUGAGAAUGUGAUCCGUGGUGCUGUCACCCACCGAGCAUGCCAAGAGAAAGACCGUCACCGCUAUGGACGUUGUCUACGCUCUGAAACGUCAAGGACGUACUCUGUACGGUUUCGGAGGAUAAGAAGCUCUCGAUGCGAGUCCUAUCAAACAUCUUCACAUCUAACCCAACGGCCCUCUUUAGGGCCACAAUUGUUGAACGAAACGAAUACAAGAUUUGGUAAUAAGUGGUUUGAUGAACUGAAUAAAUCUGAAAUUGUUUUGUGUGUGAAAUUUUGGAGGCCUUUAGAUUAUUAUUCCAACGGUUAUAUUGAUAUGUAA